ACAGUUGUUACAUAUCGAGUGAGUCAGGAGCAGUACAGCAGCGGCAGCAGAGAAGAUACAGUCAGUCAGUCUGUCAGCACCUGUCAUCAUGAAGAGGGCUGUUGUGUUCGCUUUUAUAGUCUGCUGUGCUGUCUCAGCACUGUCAUUGGCGGAAGAUGAAAAGAAUUCCAAACCUUCUGCAACCGAGUCAUCUGCAGAAGAGUUUAGCGCCCAGCCUACCACCCCACCUACCCCACCUCCCAAGACAACCACCAAACCUACGCCGCCCGUCAAGACAACCCCCAAACCUACGCCCGUCAAGACAACCACCAAACCUACGCCGCCCGUCAAGACAACCACCAAACCUACGCCCGUCAAGACAACCACCAAACCUGCCCCCAAGCCAACCCCAAAACCAACCACAAAACCUACCCCACCCCCACCUCCUCCUCAACCUACUCCUUCUACCAACUUGACUGUCGGAAACUACACCGUGAUGGGAGACAAAAAAGAGAUUUGCCUGAGAGCUGAGAUGGCACUACAGAUCCGACUGGCGACACCAAAGGCCAAUGGAACUUUCAUUGUUCAACCAAAGGCUACCAAAGCAGAAGGAGGUUGUAAGGAUACCAAGGCCAACCUUACUCUUGUCUUCAAAGAGGGCUUCAUCACCUUCAUGUUCAACAAGAGCAAUGCUAAUAAUACUGUCUACGUUGAUUCAAUGAGUUUCUCCCUCUCCUAUCCCUUAAGCAAAGAACGCAAACUCCCAUACACUGCCACCAACAACUCAAUGCAUCUCUUUGCUGCAAAGAUCGGGCACUGCUACUCCUGCAAGAGUGACUCACUCUACAUGGGGGAUGGACUGUACCUGGAUGUCAAUCAAGACAGGAUGCAGGCCUUCAAUCUGACCAAGAGCAACGAUUUUGGCCUCCCUGACCCUUGUCCUGCUGACAGGCCUGACUACCGCGUUGCCAUUGCGGUGGGAGUGACACUGCUGGUGCUGAUCGUCGUUGUGGUGAUAGCCUACCUACUGGGGCGCAGAAGGAGGGCCGAUGGCUACCAGUCUCUGUGAGCGAGGCCGAGCAGACUUCCAUCAGAGGUCACACAGAGGUCACUCCCAUUAUACAGCAAAGUCAGUGAGGCUGUGAUCUUUCUUGGGGGCUAAAGGGCACUUCAACUAAAGCCAAUGUGCCAUAUUUCUGUUCUUUAAUGCCUUGGUUUACCUACAGUACUGUUAACACCAAUGUAUUAAUUAGACAUUCCAAGUAUGAAGGCCUUAGAGUGCCACUGGGAAAGUUUAAUUAAUAAUUCAAUAAUUAAAAAAAGCAAUCAAUAAAUUGAUCAUUUAAAUGCUGCUGUAAGUCAGUUAAUCAAAAUUUUAAAUAGGCCAAUUAUGGAGUCACAAAAUACAUUUUUAGAUGGCAUUUAGACUUAUCUUUUUAUUACACCAUUUACUUUUGUGUCUGUCAUAUUUCCUUUCACCUUUCAUCAUCUUCCCUCUUAAAGAUUUAGAUUUGUGAUCAAUUUUGAACACUUACACCUUCAUUGUGUUAAGUGUGUCACCUACUGGUUAGAUCUAAAGUCCAACCCAUGGAGCAGCAGAUGGAGCCCUUAUUGGCCAACCAUGUGUUGACCAGUUGGAGCUCUAUCAGUCGCUCUGUUGGUUGGACUUUUGACCUAACUUUUGGGUCAUGAUGGCCAAAAUGAAACCUCAUGAACCAUUUUCUUUAUUUUCUGAGCCCACUAGGUGGUGCUCCUGGUUUAAAGAAAAAGGUUCAAGGAGUGGCAUUUUAGUGUACUUUCAACUGUUUGUUAAAUAGAAAGUGCCAUUUGUUGGGCUCAGAAAAUUCAGAAAAUAGUUCAUAAGGCUUCAUUUGGCCAUCACUACAUUUAGACGACACACUGCUUUGAGUUUAAUUUUUUUUUUAAUUAAAUGUUGAAAGUUUAGAUUUAAACACAAAAUGAUACUGUAAAGGUGAUAGCAGGGAACAAAUGAAUGGUGUGAUGGAAUGUGGUAUGCAGACAUGUAAGCAAAUGGAAUAACAAAAAGUGAAACAAUUAACAAUUUAUUUUGUGCUUUCAUUUUGAAAAUCAAUUAUUAAUUCAUUUUUCAAAAAGAGAACAAGGAUAAAGAAUCUGUCAAAUUUAAUUAUAUAUAUAUUUAGAUUGAUCAGUUGGUUUGUGUUAUUGAGUUUAAUGAUUUAAAUUGAAUGAAUCCAUUUAUUAUUCCAGUGGCACACUUUGGAUUCCAUACAUAUGGGUUUUGAAUGUCAACAUUGUAGAUUGUGGAUUUAACAUUCCAAUAGCCGCUAUCCUGAUCAUUAUAAUUUUCUCAUAUGUGAGAAUUGUUAUGCCAGAGAACGACACAAAGUAACAAGAUUUUGACCCCUGAGUUAUAUUCUCAUCAGGAUGGACAAGCCUCUGAAAUAACAUUUCUACAUUGGGACACUAAAAAUGAUGAUGCUAAUAUUGAAAUAUCUAUACAGACUGACAUCUUCAUAAAUACUGAAAGCAAAAACUGACCAAAAUGUCUCAUUAGAAUCAGUCAAGGUUAUUUUUUCCCCCAUAGACAGCUGAUGUAUUAUUGACCAGUGCUGUGAUAAUGAUGUCAUUUUAUAUUCGGCUUUUAUCAAGAGGCACAUUGGCUCCUUUUAUCAGUCUAACCCCACGUUAUACUCAAACUGAGCAGUGGAAUCGGGAAGUAAGAUUUUAUCGUGUGUUCCAUUUAAAUUAUAUUUAGCUUGUGUCAGCUUGUGCGAUAAAGCACAUUAUUUUUCUUCAUUGUUUUAAGACGUGUAAAUGUUUUAUUAUUCCUUGAUUUUUUUUAAGAAUCAUCCAGGGUUUUAAUUUUUAAAAAGAAGGGAAGUUAUCCAAUCAUUAAUGUUACAGGUGAUUAUACUGUGUUAGCAUUAUUAAUAAGCACAAAGGGAAAAUUAGAGGGUUGUUUUUGAGGGAUUAUUAAAACCUAGUCAACAAUAAUUGCACUGAUUGCUGUCCCAACUUGGUUGCCUUUGCCUUUUUUAUACAAUGUGUAGCUGAUGCUGUGUUUCAUUAAAAUGCAGGGUGGACCAUACAUGUGGGUUACUAAGGGACUGCUUGUUGUUUAUGAGAGGGAAGGGGGUGAUGCAAAACAGGGGAGGACCUUCAAAUAGUUUUUUAAGCAUUUAGGGAGGAGUUAUGGUUUUAAAUUUGGCUCAGGGUAAGGACAUUCAACUUUAAAUGGUUGCAAUUUGUUUGCAUCCAUUCACGUUAGGGAGGCUCAAGGAAAAAAUUUGUAACUCUGGGAAAAAUAAAAAAUGAAGGCACACCCCAGCCACCCCCCUACUCUGAUAAAUAAAGUACAGUUCCCAACAAGUCUAGUCUGAUCCUGAUUAGAUCUUAAAGGGUUUACACAUUCAUUACAUCUCAGCAGUCUAUUUCUACUCCCUCGCCAAGUCUACUCUCAUACACCGUACUGCGUUAAAGGGAUAGUUCAGAUUUUUUGAAGUGGGGUUGUUAUGGGGUACUUAUCCAUAGAGAGUAUAUUACAUGCAGUAGAUGUCAGUCAGCACGCCCCCAGUUUGGAGAAGCAGGCUGGAGUCUGACAUGGAAGCUCAGCAAUGUACUGCUCUGGAGGGGUCAGAGACAAGCCACCUAAGAAAAGUCAGACCUUAAAAAAAAAAUCUACAUCAGUUUAAGUGUAUGCUGUAUUUAUAAUAUUUUCACUGUUUUACCUUAAUGUCAGACAGUGAUGCCUAACUGGAAAAUGAAGCCAGUAUAUCACUCUCUUCAAAGCCGGACUCCAUUUAGAUAAACAGUGAUUUAACAUUGCUAAACACAGGAGCUGCUGGUCUACCACUGCCUCGAUCAGUUGGUUUGUGUUAUUGUGUGACUUUGGCACCUGAAAGGGUUAGUUCAGAGUCACACAAUAACACAAACGAAUUAACUGAUCGGCGCAGCGGUGAACCAGCAGCUCCCAUGUUCAGCGAGCAAAAAUGACUGGUUUUGUCAAUGGAGUCUGGCAGGUUUGACGAGAGCAUAGUUGGGAAACAGAAGCUGUUAAUGGCUUCCACAUUGGAACGGGCUGUCUAAUGGAAAGGUAAAGCCAUGAAAAUACUCUUAAUGUGGCGUACACUUAAACUCAUAUUGAUUUUUUUAGGUGGCUAAAGUACAUUUUGUUGCUGACCCAUCCACAGCAGUACAUUGCUUAGCUCCCAUGUUGGACACCUGCUGCUUCUCCAAACUGGGGAUGUGCCGACUGACACCUACUGUAUGUAAUACACUGAUUAUGGAUAAGUACCUCAUACAACCCCACUUCAAAAAAUCCAAAGUAUCCCCUCUAACAAAGAAACAUUAUGCUGUCGAGAAAACAAUCCUGCCACACUGUGAACCCUGUGGCGAGCUUGUUUUCCCAACUGCUGUUUCCAAGUCAAGAACGAACUUUGAACCUCAAAUAUUAUGCUGCAUUUAGGUGCCUAUCGGAAAUGGCAGAAUUGCAAUUUGAGUACACAAGUUAAAGAAACAAAAUAUUUUUCCAAUCCUCAAAUCCUAGCUUCAUGUUAAAGGGUCAGUUCAUACACAUUACAAAGACACAUUGUUUCCUGUACCUCUAGUGGGAUCUAGUCAUGCAGGUCAGUUUUAUGUGCUCAGGUUUUGAUAUAUUUUCUUCUAAAAUUUCUGCCGCCACUUUAAUACAAUGAAAGUGAUCAGAAUUCUUAGUGACUCAUAUUUCCAGAUUCCAUGUCCAUGUCACCCCGUAUAAUCUGUAUAUGUAGCUGUCAGCAGUUUUCAUUGGGACUGUCUCAUUAGUAAAAAAAAAAAAAAAAAAGGUUCCAGUGAACGCUGUUUGCAGUACUGUCUAUAGAUUACACAGGGUGACCAGGACAUUGUGUCUGGAAAAACAAGAUGCUGGUGAGUUUUUCAAAUAUCAUUUAUCAAUGCUGUGCGCCUCCAUUGUUUUUAAGGUGGAAGCAGAUAUCUCAGAGACAGAUAUCUUUGUGUGAACUGAACCUUUAACUCAGUGUGUUUGUGUUGACAAAAUGGAAAGUGGCAUGGCGAGCAGGUGGAGUGGAAUGUGGAAUACCUGAGUGUGAUGUUGGUGACUCCAAUCCGUCCCUGUGUGAAUGUCCCUCAGUGAGUGUCAGCUUCUUCAGUAGUUUGACAAUAGAAUAGUUAAACGUGAUGAAGGAGACCUGUUGCUCACAGCUGCACUUCUAGAUUUUGUCCAUCAGGAGAUGCUCUGAUGUUAUGAAGGGAACAAAUAUGAGGGACUUCACUUUAUGUAGAGUUAUCCACUGCGUGAGCACUUUUACCUGUUGUUAACUUCCUGUGCCAAUAAAGACUGAUAUAUUUCUAAA